AUGGAUGAAACUAAACUAAAACUAAAAAACCAACCAAAAAAGAAUAGAGAAAAAGAAACAAAAUUAAAUGUCUAUUGCAGACAUUUAGAAGGAACUUUAAAUCUUUCGGAUUUUAGUGAUUUAAAAGAAUUAGAUUAUCGCAAUUUAUUAACUAAUCUUACUUUAACUAACGAUUUAACCAAUCUAAAACAUUUAGAUUUAAGCAGUAAUAACUUUUCUGCCGAACAAAACUUAUCUUUCUUAGUUGGGGCUACUAGUUUGGAAUAUCUUUAUUUAGGCAUUUAUAACCGUUUCACUGGUUCCUUGGAUUAUUUAAAUGAGAUGGAGAAAUUAAGAGAACUUAAUAUUAGCAACACUGACAUUAAUGAAGUAGAUAUAAAUAAAUUACCAAAGAGUUUAGAGAGUAUUGAAUAUUCGAUAGAGUUAAGACCAUCUUGUAAAUUAACUACCAUUGUUCCUCAACUAGAGAAAUAUGGUAAAUAUGGUCGCUGCAAAAAAUGUCAACAACCCAAUACUAGUAAAAAUCGAUGCCAGCCUUGUGUCGACGAAGAAUGA